AACAUGCGUAGUCUAUCCUACAACAGUGUAAAAUGCGUCUGUGUUCUUCUGUGUCUGCAGUCGUCGGUGUGUGAGAAGAUCAUGGAGCUUCUGGGGCAGAACGAAAUCGACCACCACCAGCGACAGGUAGACAACCUCACUCUCCAUUCUCUCCCCCCCGGUCCUGGUUUUUCUGUACCGUAGCUCACAGCCCCAGCACUCAGGGGUUAGCUUCCACUUCCGGUCCUGGUUUUUCUGUACCGUAGCUCACAGCCCCAGCACUCAGGGGUUAGCUUCCACUUCCGGUCCUGGUUUUUCUGUACCGUAGCUCACAGCCCCAGCACUCAGGGGUCAGGGGUUAGCUUCCACUUCCGGUCCUGGUUUUUCUGUACCGUAGCUCACAGCCCCAGCAUUCAGGGGUUAGCUUCCACUUCCGGUCCUGGUUUUUCUGUACCGUAGCUCACAGCCCCAGCAUUCAGGGGUUAGCUUCCAAUGUGUAGCCCUGACCUAUCGGUGUCAUUAUUUUUCCAGGAAGCCAACCUCUCUCCAAUCUAUCCCUGUUCAGGUUUUUCUAUAUACCGGUAUUAUACAACCUGAGAUGGUUAGCUGCCACAGUGUUAUGCUGACUUAUCUGUCGUUGUUUUCCAGGUAGCUAUCCUCAGCCAGGACAGUUUCUACAGAGAGCUGACUCCAGAACAGAAGGCAAAAGCACUCAAGGGCCAGUUCAACUUCGAUCACCCAGGUAUGGGGUCAGGGCCGCUUGUGACUGCUAGCUACACAUAGGACUGCUAACUAUGGGGCUGCUAGCUACACAUAGGACUGCUAACUAUGGGGCUGCUAGCUACACAUAGGACUGGUAACUAUGGGGCUGCUAGCUACACAUAGGACUGGUAACUAUGGGGCUGCUAGCUACACAUAGGACUGGUAACUAUGGGGCUGCUAGCUACACAUAGGACUGGUAACUAUGGGGCUGCUAGCUACACAUAGGACUGGUAACUAUGGGGCUGCUAGCUACACAUAGGACUGGUAACUAUGGGGCUGCUAGCUACACAUAGGACUGGUAACUAUGGGGCUGCUAGCUACACAUAGGACUGGUAACUAUGGGGCUGCUAGCUACACAUAGGACUGGUAACUAUGGGGCUGCUAGCUACACAUAGGACUGGUAACUAUGGGGCUGCUAGCUACAUAGGACUGGUAACUAUGGGGCUGCUAGCUACAUAGGACUGGUAACUAUGGGGCUGCUAGCUACAUAGGACUGGUAACUAUGGGGCUGCUAGCUACAUAGGACUGGUAACUAUGGGGCUGCUAGCUACAUAGGACUGGUAACUAUGGGGCUGCUAGCUACAUAGGACUGGUAACUAUGGGGCUGCUAGCUACAUAGGACUGGUAACUAUGGGGCUGCUAGCUACAUAGGACUGGUAACUAUGGGGCUGCUAGCUACAUAGGACUGGUAACUAUGGGGCUGCAAGCUACAUAGGACUGGUAACUAUGGGGGUAGCUACACAUAGGAUUGCACCAAGCUGUCUGUUUGAACUACUGGCGCACAGCUCGGACACCCAUGCAUACCCCACAAGACAUGCCACAAGAGGUCUCUUCACAGUCUCCAAGUCCAGAACAGACUAUGGGAGGCGCACAGUACUACAUAGAGCCAUGACUACAUUGAACUCUAUUCCACAUCAAGUAACUGAUGCAAGUAGUAAAAUUAGUUUAAACAAACAAACACCUUAUGGAACAGCGGGGACUGUGAAGCAACACAAACAUAGGCACAUACAUAUGCACUAUACACACAUGUACACAUGGAUUUUGUACUGUAGAAAUGUGGUGGAGUAAGGGCCUGAGGGCACACCAUGUGUUGUAAAAUCUGUGAAUGUAUUGUAAUGUUUUUAAAAUUGUAUUUACUGCCUUAAUUUUGCUGGACCCCAGGAAGAGUAGUUGCUGCCUUGGCAGCAGCUAAUGGGGAUCCAUAAUAAAUACAAAUACACAUACAAAUUCCCAAUUACACAUAUCACCAGUAGUACAUUUACUGUUAAUAACAUCAUUUCUAAUCUACAAUGUUUGCUUGGCUACGGUAAUUUCUGCUAAUGCAUUCAAUAUAAUAUUAUUAUUAUUAGUUGUUUGCAGAGCGCACAACCAAUGCUAGACUUGUGAGAAACAAGUUUUAAGUUUAUUUCAUUCAAUUUACGAAUUUUGUCAAUUUAUUCGUUGUCUUUUGUUUGGAGCGCUCCUGUCAAUGUUGAGUAAGGACUUGUACCUGAUUACACAUAGAAGUAUGGCCUAGCCUACCUGGCCUGCACGCGAUUGUAUAAAUGUGCCCAUUUGGGGAUCUGAUUAGUAUUUCUUAUUGUCUUAACUCACCACCACUAAUGAACUGUGGAGCUUCUCAAAGUAAUUUUGAGAAGCUCCACAGUUAAAUUCAAUGAGUGACAAUAGUUCCUCAAUGUAUUUUUUAAAAAUAUUUCCAGCUCUCUCCCUUUCGAUAACCACUUGGCGUGAAAGGGAAAAAUGUCAUGCUCUGAUCCAGUGAAAAUGUCAUAAAAUAGGCCUACCUGAUUACUUCUUAUCUCUUGCACGAAUAGUCUACAGCUGUGUCAGUCCGGAGCUCACAUGCUCGGGAAACUCUGAGGGUACAGAAUAUUUUAUACAAUGUUGCUAGUUUGCUAGCACGAGCUUAGGGGCCGGACCCAGUUGAUAGUUGAUCCAAUGAUUCACCCUUUUUGAUUCCAUUUCAAACAACACUACAUUUUUUUUAAAUCACAUGACCCACAGCCACAUUCCAUAAACAAUUUCAGAGGUACUCAAGUUUUUACCAUUGCAUACCUGAUCCAUUUUUGUCCUCUGUUGGCCAUCCAUCCCUGAUACUCUUAGCCCAUCUUCCUGACAUACUCCUAGUCAGCGGAGCUAUAGUAGCAGAGUCUCUCUCAGCUGCUGCAAGGCAAGGGGGUGCGUCUCAAUCCCUACUUUCUCCUGAAGUGUGCACUUGUUCAUUUCCUUUCACUGAUUUUUAAAGGGAAAUGCCUGCCAUACAAAAUUGGGGAAAUUCCCUCUAGUCUAGCCCAUGUCUCCACCAAUCCAAUGCUUUUAGAUUUGUAGGGAGGAAGUGUCAGGAGAUAGUAUUAGGACACACCCAGGGACUGAGAGAAAAACCUUAACAGCUGUGACCCAGUAGACUCCACAAAGAUUCCUCAAUUACAUUAGGCUAGUGUGUGUGAUAGCGUGGGCUCACACGUGUACUUGUGCACAUGUGGGUUGAGGGGAGGCCCAUGUAUGGUCAGGUAUUUUACCAAUGGAAUAGAAGUGAGAAACCUUAUUGGAAUGUCUCUCUCACUUUUCUCUUAAACCAUUUCUCUCCCGUCUCUUAUUUUACUUGUGUGAACCUCGUGGAAUUUCUUUCUCUAAAACUGUCAUUCUUCAGAUGCCUUUGACAAUGAGCUGGUCACGCAGACUUUGUGGCAGAUCAUGCAGGGGAAGACCGUACAGAUCCCUGUGUACGACUUUUUCACCCAUUCCAGGUGAGCUCCUCGAUACUCUGUGAGUGUGGUGUGUCCAAUCUGAUGCAGUGCCGUUAUGGUGAUUACAUUAUUGAAGCCAUAUUAGGCUCCCAUGCUGUAUUCAAUGUUUCUCCGUCACAGGAAGGAUGUUUGUAACUGUGUACCCAGGUGUUCGAGGGCAUCCUGUUGGGUCAUCCUGAAUUUUUUUAUAUUCAUGGUGUACAUUGUUCGAUUCCAGGAAGGAUGAGUUUGUGACUGUGUACCCGGCUGACGUGGUGUUGUUCGAGGGCAUCCUGAUGUUCUACUCCCAGGAGAUCAGAGACCUGUUCCAGAUGAAACUGUUCGUAGACACGGAUGCAGACACACGGCUCUCACGCAGAGGUGUGUGUGUUUGCUGACUCCACUUCUGUGUAUAUUUCUGGAUUUUUUAUUUAUUUAUUUUAUUUGGAUAAGGUGAAGUUGUGCAAACUCUUGCCAGUCAGACUUGGUGUCAGUAUCUCUUCACUUCUAACGCGUGUGUUCUGUGUUCCAGAUCUAACGUGUGUGUGUGUUCUGUGUUCCAGUUUUUUAAUGUUUUAUUUCUUCCAGUGCUAAGAGACAUAGGUGAACGGGGCAGGGACCUUGAGCAGGUUCUUUCUCAAUAUAUCACGUUUGUCAAGCCUGCCUUUGAGGAGUUCUGUCUUCCAGUAAGUCUCCACUCUCUGUACGUCUCUGUUUAUAUUGUAUGCCUGGCUUCAUUGACCAGCACAAUCUUUGCAAGUACUUGCCUUGUUAUUGUAAUGUUUGUUUCCAGACCAAGAAGUAUGCUGAUGUGAUCAUCCCUCGUGGAGCAGAUAACUUGGGUAAGGAGGAAGGUCCAUGAGAUCCGAUCCUUGAAUACCCCUUUGUGUUGUAUGGAAUCUUUUUUUGCCCCUUUUUGUCAAUAUAGUAAAGGGGUAUGGUAAGGAAAUGUUGGCUCUUACGGAGCCGUCACGUUACAUGACUCAUCAAUUUUCCCUCAGUGGUUUCCUUGUUGAUACCUCUUUGUGAAUGUACCAUGGUCACACUGACUUCGCUCUUCCCUUCCUCCUGACUAUUUUUUCUUUUUCAGUGGCAAUAAACCUGAUAGUACAGCACAUCCAGGACAUUCUGAACGGCGGACUGACCAAGCGGCACAACGGCUGCAUGAACGGGCACAGCACGCCCGCCCGGCAACGACUGACCUCCGAGUCCAGCAGUCGCCCUCAUUGACCUCUCCUUUAUUGAAGGCGGAGUGUGGUUUAGACCUGUACAUAAUUCCCAAUGGCAUUGCUGUAUUUAAGAUGGAGGAAGGCUACGUCCUGAUUCUCUACCCUUUUACCGGAGUUUGUGCUUGCAGGAGAAGUCCUUUAUAGGAGAAGGGUGGAGAAUCGGGAUGCAGCCGAAAGAGGAACUACAAUGCCUUCAUUAUUAUUAUUACUACUACUGUUAUUACAGUUACUUUUAUUGUAAUUGUUGGACUUGAUUUGUUUCAGGCGGGGAGAGAGAGAACCUCUGGUUUUUGCAACGAGACCAUGUGUUAAGAAUGAACCCCUUUUCUGUUUUCAUCCGUUUAUUUCAAAUUUGUAUUUAAAAAGUAUUUCAUAUCGUCUGCUGCUUUUUGGCAGACUGAAUAAAAGAGGGAAACUGUUGGUGUUGUCCAAUGAAAAUGAAACCCUAAAAUCACAGGCUGGGAUCCAAUUCAUCAGUGAGAAGAAUUUUGGAUUUAGAACAUGUGGACGAAACUAGACUGAAAGUUGAAAUGUGAACUCAGGAUUGCUCACGUAGUCCUGUGUAGCUCAGUUGGU